AUGGCCAUCUAUACCCCCACGAUCAGUUCGGAUUCCGACAGGGACUCUCAUAAGAUGAGGGUCGUCUAUUUCAGCAACGAGUUCCCAAGAGAUGACCUGUCGGACGUAUUUCGUCGUCUACACAACCACAGCAAAUCUCAUGGACAGCAGACUUUGGCCGAAUUUCUAUCAAGGGCCACUUGGGCCAUCAAAGAUGAAGUUCGGCAGCUAUCCACAGAGCUGAAGGAGCUGAUCCCACCAUUUGAUAACCUCUUAAGCUGGUCAGAAGACACAGAGCUCCGGGAAGGCUUGAUCUGCGGCGCUGUGGAUGGUGUGUUGCUAGUUCUCGUUCAACUGGCAACUUAUAUUGGAUAUGCAGAGAAGCAUCCGAGAGAGUUGCUGACUGACUUUUCAAACGCGAGUCUCGCUGGCCUGGGUAUUGGCCUUCUGGCAUCGACUGCUGUUUCAUUGUCCUCGACGUUGGCUGACUUGCCUCGCGCGGGAGCAGACGCCGUCCGUCUAGCUUUUCGCCUGGGCAUCCACGUUCAGGGUGUCUCUGCGAACCUGGAAGCCCGUGAGCUAUCAGAGCGUCCAGACACGUGGGCGUAUGUCGUUCAUGGUGUCGACCCAGAUGCCGCGCAAAAAGAACUCGAUACAAUUCACAGUCGACAAGAGAUUCCUGACACCGGUAAGAUCUUUAUUAGCGCCGUCAGCCGGACUUCCGUCACCGUGAGCGGUCCACCAGCGAGGUUAAAUUCGCUGUUCAACACUUCGGAUUUCUUCCGCGACUCCAAAUUUAUUCCCCUGCCAGUCUACGGCGGCCUCUGCCAUGCACCGCAUGUGUACGGUCUGCGAGAUACGCAGACAAUCGUCCAUCGCAGCUCCUUGAGCACAGUCAGCACAAAGGCUUGGCCGAUGACACCAGUCUGCUCAACCAGCACUGGUCUAUACUACCAAGCCAAGAAUGCCACAGAGCUAUUCGAAGCUGUAGUCUCUGAGCUUCUCACCCAGGCUAUCUACUGGGACCGUGUGGUAGUCGAUGCGGUCCAGAGAGUCGAAAUAACGUGUGCCUCGGAAGUGAUGCUGUACAGCUUUGGCAACUCGAUUCCUCUCAAUGACCUCACCACGGCGUUGCAAAGUAGUAUCACACACCCUGAGAUCUCCAUCCACAAUCUUAUGACAUGGGUCACCCAGGUCGCGCCAGCAGACACAACUCCACGCAGCCAUGCACAAUCUAAGCUCGCCAUCGUCGGCAUGUCGUGCAGACUUCCUGGGGGUGCGACAAAUACCGAGAAAUUCUGGGAGAUCCUAGAGAAGGGCUUGGAUGUCUCGCGGCAAAUCCCAGCAGACCGGUUUGAUGUGGAGACACACUACGAUCCAACCGGCAAAGAUCUCAACAAGACGACGACCCAGUAUGGUUGUUUUAUUGAUGAGCCUGGUUUGUUCGACGCACCGUUCUUCAACAUGUCCCCCCGUGAAUCUCAGGUUGUUGAUCCACAAAUGCGUUUGGCUCUUGUCACGGCGUACGAGGCACUGGAGCGUGCUGGGUAUGUUGGGAAUCGGACUCCAGCCACACAGUCGCAGCGCAUCGGUACAUUCUACGGCCAAGCCGCGGACGACUACCGUGAGGUGAACCAAGGCCAAGAGGUUAGCACCUACUAUAUCCCGGGUGGUUGUCGAGCAUUUGGCCCUGGCCGUAUCAACUACUUUUUCAAGUUUGCUGGUCCCAGCUACAGCAUUGAUACCGCAUGUUCUUCGGGUCUUGCAGCGAUCGAGGUCGCCUGCCAAGCUCUUUGGAACGGCACUGUUGAUACUGCCGUCACAGGAGGCGUCAACGUGUUGACCAACCCUGACGGCUUCACUGGACUGUGCAACGGCCACUUCCUCACCAAAGGACACAAUGCCUGUAAGACAUGGGACGCCACUGCCGAUGGAUACUGCCGUGCGGACGGCAUUGGAAGUCUAGUUAUCAAGCGACUCGAAGACGCCGAAGCAGACAAUGAUAAUAUCUUGGGUGUCAUUCUCGGUGCCGGCACCAACCAUUCUGCGGAGGCAGUCUCUAUCACUCACCCGCAUAGCGGCCACCAAGCUUAUCUAUCCCGGCAGGUUCUUCGACAGGCCGGCGUCGAUCCCUUAGAUGUGUCCUACGUCGAGCUUCAUGGCACCGGCACCCAAGCAGGCGACCAUGAGGAGAUGCAGGGCAUACUAGACGUGUAUGCACCACUCAGCCGGCGUCGCAGCAAGGACCAGCCCUUGUAUAUUGGUGCGGUCAAGGCAAAUGUCGGCCAUGGCGAGUCUGUUGCAGGGACCACCGCAUUAAUUAAGGUGCUUCUGAUGCUCCAGAAGAGCGCCAUCGCGCCACAUAUCGGCAUCAAAACAGAGAUCAAUCCCCGGUUCCCUCAAGACUUUGACAAGCGUAAUCUCCAUAUUCCACUUGAGAUGACAUCCUGGCCCCAGGUGUCUGGAAAGAAGCGCUUAGUAGCAGUCAACAACUUCGGCGCCGCGGGUGGCAACACCACAAUGGUCCUGGAGGAGGCGCCAGUUCGCGAUAUCACCGAAGCAGACCCACGGCAGACUCACAUCAUCACUGUCUCGGCUAAGGUCAAGGCGUCUUUAGCGAGGAAUAUUGAACGCUUGAUUGCCCAUCUUGAUGUCCAUCCUGAUAUCAAUCUGGCUGAUCUUUCGUACACGACGACUGCCCGCCGUCAUCAUCACACAUAUCGCGUCGCGAUUUCCACCUCCAACGUCCCACAUCUGAAGAAGCAGCUGGGUGUCAUCUUGAAUAAAGUGGAUUCAAUUAAACCUAUUAGAAAGUCUGGUCACCCUCCAAUCGCAUUCAGCUUCACCGGUCAAGGCGCCUCAUACAAGUCGAUGAAUCUGGAGUUAUACCGUGAUGUGCCCACCUUCCGAGAUUGUAUUCAGCAGCUUGACUCGGUAGCUCAGGGCCAGGGCUUUCCAUCCUUCAUUCCAGUCCUUGACGGGUCGUACCCUAAGGACCAUGCUCACUCUGCGGUUAUUACCCAACUUGCUCUGGUCUGUACCGAGAUUGCUUUGGCCAAAUACUGGGCUUCUCUGGGAGUGAAGCCAGAUGUUAUCAUCGGCCAUAGCCUCGGCGAGUACGCGGCAAUGCACAUCGCAGGUGUUGUCACCGCUAGUGAUACGAUAUUCAUGGUUGGACGCCGGGCCCAGUUGCUCGAGGAGCGGUGUAAGAGUGGCAGCCAUAAUAUGAUGGCCGUUCGGGCUUCUCUUGCACAGAUCGCCGAGAACGCAGAGGGCAAGCCGUACACGGUCGCUUGUAUCAACAGCCCGUCGGAUACGGUGCUCAGCGGGACCAAGGAGCAGAUAGAUGACAUCGCAGUCUCCCUUCAAAAGGCCGGCUACCAAUGUAUCAGACUGGACGUUGCAUUUGCCUUCCAUUCCAGCCAGGUGGACCCUAUUUUGGAUGAUUAUGAGGCCAUUGCAACAUCAGGCGUCAUCUUCAAGGAGCCUCGAGUUCCCGUGAUCUCUCCCCUUUUUGGCAAAGUCAUUUUCGACGGCAAGACACUGAAUGCAAACUACGUGCGCCGGGCCACCAGAGAGACAGUUGACUUCCUCUCUGCGCUAGAAAGCGCCCAGAAGAUUUCCACUAUCAGCGAAGAGACUGUCUGGAUUGAAAUUGGGCCGCAUCCGGUCUGUACCGGCUUUAUCAAAUCAACUAUCCCAUCUACUGAGCUGGCCAUUCCGUCGAUCCGCCGCGGGGAUGAUAAUUGGAAGACCAUUGCGGAGAGCAUAGCUGCUCUACACUUGGCUGGUGUGGAGGUCGGGUGGAACGAGUUCCAUCGCCCGUUCGAAAGCAGGCUGCGUCUCUUGGACCUGCCAACGUACGCUUGGAACGACAAGAACUACUGGCUACAGUAUAAAGGAGAUUGGUGUUUGACCAAGGGCAAUACUUUCUAUGAUGCCGAGAAGGACGCUGCCCGAGCAAAGACGGCGCCAAAAGCGCUACCAGCUAGUGAGAUUCAGACUACUACCGUGCAGCAGAUAAUCGAGGAGACGUUUGAUGGCUCUGCUGGUACGGUUGUCAUGCAGUCGGAUCUUAUGCAAGCAGACCUCCUGUCUGCUGCCCAUGGGCACAGCAUGAACAACUGUGGUGUUAUCACAUCGUCCAUCCACGCUGAUAUUGCAUACACCCUCGGUGGGUAUCUGCACCAAAAGCUAAAUCCCAAGGCUAAGAAGAAUAUCAACAUGAACAUUGCCAAUCUCAUGGUCAGCAAGGGUCUUGUCGCGCAACAAAAUAAGAAGAUCCCCCAGUUAUUCCGAGUAACUGCUACCACGGCCAAUGUUGCCUCUGGAGUCGUCGACUUGACCUGGCAGAACGUAGACAAUGAUGGCCACGCUCAUGAGCCCUUCGCCACCGCCAACAUUUAUUAUCAGCAAGAUGCCUCCGAGUGGCUCUCGUCUCGGAUCGAAGCGCUCGAGCACCUGGCGACACAAGCCAAAGCCAGCCGUUUCUCUCGCAACAUGGCAUACACCCUCUUCGCUAGCAACCUGGUGACCUAUGCGGACAAGUACCGCGGCAUGCAAUUGGUUGUCCUACAUGACCUUGAAGGGUUCGCCGAUGUGCAGCUUACCACCCAAGAGAGCGGCAUCUGGACCGUCCCGCCGUACUUUAUCGACAGCGUCGCGCACCUCGCGGGGUUCAUCAUGAACUGCUCCGACGCCAUAGACACAGCCAACAAUUACUGCGUCACCCCCGGCUGGGAGGCGAUGCGCUUCGCGAAGCCCCUGAUCCCAGGUGCCCGGUAUCGUUCGUAUGUCAAGAUGAUCCCGACAACCGAGGACCCGACGAUCUACUUCGGCGAUGUAUACGUCCUGCAGGAAGACGGUGCCAUUGUUGGCAUCGUCAAUGGGAUCCAAUUCCGCCGCUACCCUCGCAUACUUCUCAGCCGCUUCUUCUCGCCGCCGGACAAGAUGGCUGCGAUAGAGGGCAAGCCGCCCAACACUCAACCCCUACCAAAGAAGCUUCCCGCCACAACAGCACCUGCACCUACGCCAGCACCAGCACCAAAGCCGGCCCUCGUUAUACACGCCUCCGGCCUUGAAAGUGACAUUGAGCCUCCUGUCGCUACGCUAACCAAUGUCUCACCUGCUGCCACAGACGUCGCGGCCGCUCCAUCCAUCGAGACUGCCGCUGCAUCGGGCAGCAUCACCGCUAGGGCCAUCAUGCUCAUUGCGAACGAGGCCGCUCUAGAUCUUGCUGAUAUGGAGGAUGGAGCUGGGUUUGCUGAGCUAGGCAUUGACAGUCUCAUGUCACUGGUUAUAGCAGAGAAGUUCCGGACUGAGCUGGAUGUCAAGGUCAGCGGGAGCCUAUUCUUGGAUUAUGAAACGAUCGGCGACUUGAAGGAGUGGUUGGAUGAGUAUUACAGCUAG